AUGGGAUUUGAAAUAUGGCUGGCGGUGCUGUUGGCGCUGCAGUGGUUGGUGGUGCGAGUGAUAUUGGUGAUUCCGAUCUUUGGGGUACAGAAUGACCGUGUACUGGAAGCCGCGGGUGAAGUGGCGGACCGCAAAUUGCAAGUGUUCGUAUUUCUAGGGUCUGGUGGCCAUACUGGUGAGAUGCUGCGUCUUUUGGAAAAUUAUCAGCAGACACUUUUGAAGCCAGGUCAAACGAGAUUGACAGUAGGGGUUUCAGACGAAGCUAGUUUGGAGCGGUUUCACCAUGCCUUGGAAUCGCAGUUGAAGGCUCAAGAAAUUGAUGUCCAGGUGUGCAGAUUUGGCAAAGCUCGUGAAGUGGGUGCUUCCAAACUGCAAUCGGUGAAAAGUAUCGUCCAGACGUUAGCGGGAGCGGUUUGGACAGUGACGUGGAUCAAAUGGCAGUUUUUGGGCCAGCCACAUUUGGUUUUGCUCAACGGACCUGGUACUUGCUGCAUUAUCGCAGGAUGGCUCAAGGUAUUGGAAAUUUUGACAAUGACAAGAUCUAAAAUAGUCUAUGUUGAGAGUUUGGCACGCACAACCUCCUUGAGUCUAAGCGGAAAGCUCCUGUACCCAUUGGUGGACGAAUUUGUAGUUCAAUGGAGCGAACUGUGCGACCGUUACGACCGUGCGAGAUGUUUUGGCAUUUUGGUGUGA